AACAAACCUCAUUUUCCAUCAUGGCGAAUGUUUCCCAUUUACACAGCGUUUUCUUCGUGUAAAAAUCGUCUUUUAUCGCGCGCAUCCAGCAGUCAUCCUUCCAUUGUUUCAUUAAUUAGUAUUUUGCAUGAUCCUAAGAAGCUACUCGUGUAGUUCUGGGGGUGAUUUUGUCACUGAAUCGUGUAUUUUGAAGCUGAUUUUGAGCACGCACUUCGGGGAAGCAAUCACCAUUCUGGUAAGUCACAUGUUUUGCUGUUAUUUCGUUAAAUAUUCCCAAACUACACAUUUCAGUCUGUUGAUGGUACCCAGGUGCUAUGUAAUGUUUACAGAAACAAAGGGAUGUUGUUUCUGAUGCACUUCACCGCCCGAUGCCCUGAAAUUAAGAAUUUUUGAAGCAUUAUUCUUGGCUGUGGAUCUAUUUUCUGUGAUUUAUUUUAUUAGCAUGAAAUAAACUUUACAGUACUACAAGUUUAAUUCACUAAAGUGGGUAUAUUUUUGUAACUGACACUUCAAAUAAUUUUGCAUAUUUUUAAAUGGCUGUGUGUGAGCGGCCAUUUUGAAAAAAACCAAACACGUUGGACAAGGGUACCCACUCUGGGUAGUUUAGAAAUCCGUGUCUCAACUCUCGGAAUUAAUUUUCUGCAAUUAAUUGUGAGCCAGAAAACAAAAAUUCAUUUGAUAUCCAGUGAUUCAGUGGAAAUAAAUGCAAACUCGUCACAAAUUUAAUAUUUGUGAAGUGUUCCAUUUACCCCAUGUAUACGGGGUAAUUGGAACAUGCAUAUAUUCCCAUUCAGUUUUUAAAGGUAUUCAUUGUAAAUAUUUACUCAACAUUUAUUUUAAUCAUAUGGGUGAUUUAAAUAAUCUGAAGACUGCGGCAUUUCUGAAAGGUGAUUUUAAUGAGCAACCAAUGCGUUUUAUGUCUUGCAGAUUAAUUAUGCCACGAAAAAAAACAUCUUGGACACCGACCUAUGGAAAAUGGAAGACGGAAGCAAUGGAACGUGCAAUGCAGGCUGUGAAGAAUGAGAAACUUGGAUUAAGGCAGGCAGCAAAGCAGUACGGCGUACCACAAGCAACACUGUGCAGGAGACUACGAAAAGGAGUGUCAGCUGUUGAACCUGCUACAAGGCCACCUAUUUUCACUGCCGAGGAUGAGCAACUCCUUGUGCAGUAUGUGCAGGAAAUGGAAGCACUUGGCUUUGGACUUUCCAUCAGUGCUGUGCGUAAGCUGGCCUAUGAAAUGGCUGAAGAUGCUGGAAUAAACCAUCGGUUUAACAAAGAGGAAAAGAAGGCAGGUUACGACUGGUAUCAGGGAUUUAUGAGACGACAUCCAGAACUCUCGCUUCGGAAACCCGAAGGAUUGUCAGCUGCUCGUGCAGCAAUGUUGAACCCCAAAGUUAUUGGGGAUCACUUCACCAAGCUCGGAGAAGUUCUGGACACCACAGGCCUGAAGUCAAAACCAGCCCAAAUCUACAAUCUUGAUGAAACUGGAUUAAGUCUAGUACAUACUCCCUCAAAGGUAAUCUCGACAAAAGGCAAAAAGACCGUCCAGUCUCGCACAAGUGGUGACCGGGGUGAAAAUGUGACAGUGCUGGUGUGUGCCAAUGCCCAAGGCACUGUUCUGCCACCCUUCAUCAUAUUCAAGGGAAAACGCCUCAGUCCAGCUUUGACCCAAAGUGCUCCUCCAGGAACCCUAUUUGGUGUGAGCGACUCAAGUUUCAUCAAUGCCGAACUGUUCGAGACAUGGAUUAAGAGGAUGUUCAUCCCUUCAUUGCCACCUUCACGUCCUGUGCUCCUCAUCUUGGAUGGCCACUACUCACACAUCACAAUAUCAACCCUCAAACUAGCCCGGGAGAAUUCCAUCCACAUAUACUGCCUACCACCCCACACCACCAACCACACCCAACCUCUGGAUAAAUCGGUCUUUAGGUCCGUCAAGAGUUCCUACAAUCAGAGAUGUGAGCGCUUCAUGCGUGAGAAUCCACAGCGGCUCAUCACACGCUAUGACUUCUGUGGGAUUUUCAGGGAUGUGUUCCACAGUGCCUUGAGCAUGGCCAAUAUUGUCAGUGGAUUCAAGUCUACUGGAAUAUACCCAUUCAACCCACUGGCAAUAACAACUGAACACAUGCAGUUUUCAUCCGUUGAAACAGAGCUGGAAUUUGCAGAGCCGGUACAAGGCGAAGUGGCUUCAGCAGCAUCAAAUUCAUCCAUCACCACAAUACCAGUGGUUCUGAAUGCUGGUAGCACUGUGAUAGAUCUGCCUACAGUUGAUGCUCCUGCAUCAGUACCUGCAUCAGAAGAUGAUGUUCCCAUGGAGAUUGACACUGACACACCUAGUCAGUUUCCGCUUGUGGUUGAUUUUAAAGUGCACAACACAUACAUACAUGUACCGAUAGGUUUAAAUGUCAAAAAGCUUAAACUCAAAAUAAGCAAUAAGCUUGCUUAAUAGAGCAUGAGCAACAUGUUUUUAUUGACAAGUUGGUUUCCUCUC